AUGGGGCAGAAUGCGAUAUCGACAUUAUUACAACCGCCAAUAAUACGAACAGGACUUCUGCAGCAUAGUUCCACUCUAGAAUCAGCCUCUCACAAACCUCCAACCACAAAGGAUAUCCCUCCAGUGACACUGACAAAUAUCCCACACGUUGACGCAGCUGAAUUCAAGCCCUAUCUAAUUCAAGUCGGUGCAUUAUACGAGGAAUUGCGAAGAGUGAAGGAGACUGAAGAUGAAGCGGUAAAUAUCCUGCACAGAAAGAGCAGUAAAAAAGACAAAAUAGUUGCCGUCUUCGAUGACAGCGAUCUACGGCUGGGAGAGCGGACAUCAGGAUCAAGCAAAGGCUCUGCCCCCUCUGCAUCUUCAUUCUCACCAACAGAAGCGCCUGUUCCGGCUCGUAGAUCUAGCUCAGGACUUGAAACAAGAGCGACGCAAGGACUACCGCCAUUAUCAACAAUACCUUCUGUCUAUUUCAAGCAAGACUUUUGCCUGGAAAACCCUCGCACCUUUGACGUGGUCAGUGAGAGGUCAGAGGUUGUUCGACCAGCACCAGGGACGCUGAAUGAAAAGGCUUCAGCAGAAGGAAAUGCAGCGGCACCACGGAAAGCCCUGGCAACAAAUGCGAUAUUACAGGAAAAAUUGUCCUGGUAUAUGGAUACGCUUGAGAUGUAUCUCAUAGCUUCCAUUUCAGUGGCUUCCACGGCCUUCUUCACCGCGCUAGCUUCGCUACAGGACCUUCACUCAGAAACCGCUAACUCGGUGAGGAAAAUAAAGGCUCUCAGGAGAGAGCUUAAGGCUUUGGAUGAAGAGAUUGCAAGCAGCGGGUUAAAUAUUGCCAAGAAGAGACAAGAGUGGCACAAUAUCCAACAGCUUCACGAUGCAGUCCAGCAACUGAAACAUAUCAUUGAUAGCGUUGCUACUUGCGAGUCUUUCGUUGAUAAUGGAGAAGUGGGGAAGGCUUCAGAAUGUAUUGCUUCUCUUGAGAAGCUCAUUGCCGGCGAGUCGGAUCUUUCAAAGACACCAUUAAAGAUCGAUGGACAGGAUCUCCAGUUAAGAGACCUUAGAACUGUACUGGCGGUUCAGGAGGUGAAUUACGAUUUGAGUACUCUAAGAUUCCGAAUCGGCAAAGCUUACGAAACACGAAUUUUGAGUCUCCUUAUGGGAGAUCUCCAGCGCCACUCUCAAACUGUCACCACGCAGGAGGUUCUAAUGCGUUGGACCAGUGCUUCACUUCGGUCUCGAAGCGGCCAUAUGCAGGAGCCUUCUGUCUUUCCAUCCUAUAUGGACUCAACCGAUAGUCUUCGCUCCGAGCUACUGAAGAGCUUGACCGGCUUGCAUCGAGCAAACCACAUCACUAUUGCCGCCUCCGCCUACAGAGAGACCGUACUUAAGGAAAUGCGCAAUCUAGUUCGGCGAUCUCUGCCUAGUUCAAACGAAGAUGACGAGUCAACUAUUUCUUCGUCCACCAUGACAAGGAGACAGUCGUCACUGCAACAGAAAUGGUCUAUUCUAGCUCAUAAUCUGCGAGCUCUUGAGCCGGAAGACGCUGAAGACCUACUGGUUAAAAUUUAUAUCAGCGUCACCGAGACGUUGAGGCGGUUAACGACACAAGUCAAACUGCUGUUAGACGUUGCCAGCUCGUUAAGUAAUGACUCUAGUACUUCAUGGCUAAGAUCUGCUUGGUUAGAAUCGCCCUUGAGUAGUCCUACCCCAGGGAGGUCUUCAAUGAUCGCUGCACUUGAAGUACAAGAAAUCCACAAAGCUAUAGACCUACCAAGUCUCCUAGGUGAAGCUGUGGAUGUUGCGCAGGACAAGAUUGUUAAGCUCCUGAGGGUUCGUUCAGAGCAGAAUACUCGUCUAUCACUAAUCUGGUUUCUUCGAUAUUUUACUCUAAACCUAUACUUCGCUAACGAGUGUGAAUCAAUCUCUGGACGGAGCGGGACGGCCCUUAAGACAGUUAUCAAUGUGCAAAUUACUGACUUUAUACGGCAGUAUACCGAUGAGGAAAAGCAUAAGCUUGCUCAGGGUAUGGAGCUUGACCAAUGGGAGGCAAAAGACUUUUCAGAGAAAGACACGGCCGAGCUUAACAGGAUUUUAUCCUGUAGUACGAAGGACCCGUCUGAAUGGUCAGAUGGUCUCAAAAUCUGGGUUCCAUAUUCAGAUGACGAUCCUCAUUCUAAUAAGGCUGAUGAUCCGCAACCCAACAGCGAUGAUAAAGCCAGGAAUAGGAAUGCGUCUAUUGAUGAGGAAAUAUUCGUACUUCCUAAGUCUGCAAUUCUUUGCAUGCAUGGCUUAGCCCACUUGUUGCAACUGAUGGUUAGCAUCCCAUCAAUGAUCCCAGACAUCGGGCCUUCACUAGUCUCCUAUCUCCAGCUUUUCAACUCACGCUGCACACAACUCAUCUUGGGGGCAGGGGCCCGACAAUCCGCAGGCCUGAAGAACAUUACCUCAAAGCAUCUAGUUGUCGCAUCGCAGUCUUUGGCAUUCGUAGCUAGCCUAAUCCGCUGUGUCCGCGAGUUUCUCAGACGCCAUGCCGGACGUACUGCUGCUACCUCCUCGAGUCUCGUGGAACUUGACAAGGUCGAGCGUCUCUACCAACAGCACCAGAACAGCAUAUAUGACAAGCUAGUCGAAAUCAUGAGUCGCCUGGCCGCCUCACAUGUAAAGACCAUGAAAAAUAUUAACUGGGACAAUGGACAGAAGGAUGUGCAUCCAUACAUGACGGCAUUAGUCAAAGACACGACCUCGUUGCAUCGCAUCCUCACAAAGACUCUACCAGAAAGAACUGUUCGUAUGCUUAUGACUUCAGUGUUUAUCAGGUAUAGGGAUCAGUUCGGCAAAGCGUUUCAGGAGGUAGAUGCCAAGACGGUAUUAGGUUGGGAGAGCAUGCUACAUGACAUUGAGUUCUUCCACUCCAAGCUUGGCAACAUGGAUGGCUACGAUGAUACUGGAGAAUACCUGACCACAGUUGUCAAGUCCAAGCAUGUCGAGACCGUAGGGCUAGCCAGUCGAGCGGCCGCCGAGCUAGAACAGAAGGAUACUGAAGACGCGGUUCAUUAA